AUGGUCGAGUUAUACAAGCUCGGACCGUCGGCUCAGCAUAUCGUGGACCUUGCGAAACUAUUCGAGCGUCGUAAAUGUAAUCAUCGAGAAGCGAUUGAGAAUGAACCAUGCAUAGAAAGCGUUGUUGGUGAAACAAAUAAGCAUCGCUAUGUCGUAGCCUCACAAUCGACGGACUUGCGAAAUAAGCUUAGAAAAAUACCUGCUGUUCCUCUCGUACAUAUUAACCGGUCGGUUAUGGUACUAGAGCCUCGUAGUGAGGCCACAAUCAAGGCCAAGGACCAGUCUGAAUCAGCAAGCAUGGGUGUUACCGACUCUGAGGCCCGGGCAUUGACGUCCUCAUCUACACCAACAGCUACUGAGCCAACGCAUAAGCGGAAGAUAGCCAAAGGACCUAACCCACUUAGCAUGAAGAAGAAGAAACCAAAAUCUGAAAAACGUAAACGAGAUAGUGGAGAGCCUGAGGCAAAAGCUCAAAAGGUGAUCGCCAACGGGGAGUCACAGGCUGAGAAUAGCGAAGGAGGACACAAACGGAAGCGAAGACGAAAACAUAAGGCUAUUUGUAUCAUCCGGGUGGCCAGAGAUCAUCAUACUACUGCUUGGGGAGGUCUUACUCUGCUCCGGUCACUGGGUGGAGUACGGAUAAUUCCGCAUGUAAUCCACCUAUCGGGGACGUUGAAGAAAGCUCAACUCGCGACCAUCACGCACAACCGCACGGUUAUUGCACGCAGGCGUGCGAAUGUAGCAGCGCAUACUUCGGACGCUUAUGAUACCUAUCUUGCCAAAAGCACGAAAGAAAUCGAGGCGCUGAAGGAUUGA